UCGACAUGUUACAGUGGAGGAUGGGAAGUUGUAUGUGUGUGAUGUGAAGGAAAACGGAAAACUCGUUCACACAAGUAAUGGAGAUUUUACUGUAAACACGUUUUUAUAUAAGGAGAGAUGCACGCUUUACCGCUCCAGCACAGAUCAAAGUGAACUUCACCUGGUUUGUUCUCCUAGUUAUAUCUAUUCCACUGCUCGGUGGACCUGGACAUCUCGUCGCCUUCAACAACAGCAGAAAGUAAUAGCAUCUGCCGUAGGCUCUCAGCCCAUCAAUGUCAACCGGACCUACUUCCGGAAUCGACUUAUGACCUCAGUGAAACACUUCAAUGGCAAGGAUUUCAGUUUGAGGAUUGUCCCGAUUUUGUUUCAAGAUGCCGGACCUUACACAUGUUCAAUAGGAACAUAUCCAUAUCUGACAAUUGAUCUAAUCACCGUGAAAGUCACAGCUGAAACGUCUGAUGCAGUGACUGAGGGAGACACCGUUACACUGACAUGCUCUGUGUCUCACGUCACUGAGUCAAUGAGACUGGUUUGGAUCAAUGGCGAUGGCAAAAGUGUUGGAGAAAUGUCACUGACUGUGGAAGAGAAAACACAGAAUCUGGCUAUUCAGAAAGCUGAGGGAGGCAGAGGGAACUGGAGAUGUGGUUUGUUUCAUCAAGACCUGCCCCGGCUUUUUGUCCCGUACUAUCAGGAGCCCCGUGGAUGUGGAUCUUCUAUUUACUUUUUCCACCAGGAAGGCAACUUUGUAAUGAAAGGACCAGACAGUCCUGGAAAUGGCCCCAUUGUCUGGGAAUGGAGGCCACACUCAGGGCAACAAACCACAAAGCGAUUGGCUACUUUUCACAGAGAAGAUCAGCAGUGGGCCGUACAAUGGAGUGAUGAGUACAAUCAAAUACCAGGCAUUUCCCAGAGCAUGCGUGCGGACUGGGGUACCCUUAAUCUGAGGAUCAGGAAGCCCAUCUUUGAACUUGCAGGACUAUUCACCUGGACUCAAGCAGAGCACGGUGGGAAAAUCCUGAGACAGUGGGAACUAUUUGGGAUCAAAGUUGAGGCAGACUCACCGAGGCCAGUAAUGGGCAGUGACAUCACCCUCAGCUGUACCAUCUCCAGACUCCCAGAUACCAUCAGUCUUCACUGGAAACCAAGAGGCUCAUCUCAGCAGAACACGAGGAACAACGCUGAUCAGAUCCAUCUGAUUAACACCGUCUAUCUGAUGGUCCAACACGUUGGAGCAGGAAGUCUCAAUCUGUACACAUGGGAAGUGCUGGAAAAUGGCUCCAUUGUUCUCACUGGAGACACCAAUGUUGAAGUGGAUCAGGGUUUACAUAACAAGAAGUACACAGUUUAUCGCUCAGUUACAGAUCACAGUGAACUCGACCUGAUUUGUGAAGCUUCUCCAGAUCUCAGUGAAACUAAAUGGACUUGGAGAUCACAACAUUUCCAGAAUCAAGAGAAGGAAAUAAUUUCUUCUCACAGGUCUGAGCCGAUCCAUGUUGACAGGAGCUACUUUGGGAAUCGACUGGAAACCACAGAGGGAAAUGUGAAUGGCAAGAAUUUCCAUGUGAGGAUUGUCCCCGUACAGUUUGAAGAUGCUGGAGUUUACACAUGUUCCACGGGAUCAAAUAUAUAUGUGAACAUUGACCUAAUCACUGUUACAGUCACAGUCGAACCAUCUGAUGCAUUAGCAGAGGAAAACAACAUAACCCUGACCUGCUCUGUGUCUGGUGUUGCUGAAUCAAUGAGACUCACUUGGAUCAACAGUGAUGGCAAAAGUAUGGGAGAGAUAUUUUUGAACGAGUCAAGAGAGAAAGUGUGGUCUUUGCAGCUGAUUAUUCCAAAAGCUGAGACAGUGAGAAGGAAAUGGACAUGUGGAUUGUUUCAGCGAAACAGCCUCAAGCUGAGAAAUUCAAUCUAUCUUAAGGUGAACGUGACAGCACUUCAAGACAUUAGGAUCAUCACAGUUCUGGGAUAUUUGUUGAUUAAACUGGCCGUUGCACUUGGACUAAUUUCCUACUCAUGGAGAAUGAACAUGAGCUGCAGAAAUCCACGGGAAGUUACAGGAAAUGUCACAAACAAUUCAAACGAAGCUGUCGCAUUGCAGGCCCUGAAAUCUGACCCUGGUCUGAGAGAUCAGAAUGAAUGACCCAGAGCAGAAGAGACCAUUCAGCCCAUCAGGCUCAUGCCCAAGGAAAUCUGUGUUUCUACAAAAAUAUUGAGCCGAA